CUGCAUUGAUGAGGCCUGGGGUCACCAGCGGAAUGGAAUCUAGGCUGGAAUAGGGUGGAAAACACUUCACACAACAAAGACCAGGUUGCUAGGAGCCCCCAGUCUUCUAAUGCCCCUUCUCCUUUCUGAGGCUCCCUCCACAGACACUUUCACCCCAGAACCUUUCCAUAGCUAUGUCUAAGAAUCUGUUUGGACAGGGGAAGAAACCUCUAGAUACAUUUUUCUGGGUAAACGAGAUAACGGGAGAAAUCACCUACCCCCCACUGAAGGCAGAUGUACCUAACGCUCCUCCAGCUUCUCUGGAGAAUCCUCAAGAGAGGACCAAAUCUCAGCAUGGAAGUGUGCAGGGGGCUCCUCUUGGUGUCCAGGGCCCGUCCAGCACAACGGUACAGAAGGCUGCCCUUCUACCUCCUCCUAAGGCUUUACUGAAAGACACUGGAUCAAGGUACUGCCUCCCAAUAAGACCACCCGAUGGCCUGGUUAAGGCUGGAGCAAGGAGUGCCCAGACAUUCUCAGCAAUUCCUGUCACCAUCUCACCACCAGGAGGUGCUCUGCCAACAUGUGGCCCCCUUGGAUCAGUCCCUCUGCCCCCAGCUUCUUCCUUUCCUCCCAGCCCUUCGGCCCCCUGGGCCUUCACCUGCAAGCUGAAAAAUGUCCUUACUGGGAAUAACCGAUUUUCCUUUUGAACUUGAAAGUAUUUGCGUGACCACAGCUUCCUGAGUGGCCUGCCAGCUGUACACUUUCAUGCUCACGUCAAUGCUUCUGCCCUGCCUGGAAGUGCACAGGAGGAGUUCUUAGAAGAACACACCAAGUGCUUUCAAGCCCCAUAUAAAUUAAACUUAGAUUCU